GAGAGUUUGGAGUUUUUUCUAUUCCAAUCGCCGACGAUUCGGCCGGCUCAUUAUCACAUACACAAUAAUCUCCAUCGGGCCAAAGUGAGUUGUAAAACAGACAAAAUGAAAAGCAGCAAGUAUUUGUUCAUAUUUUUUGGAACCGUCUUUCUACAGAACUGUUUUGCAGCUCCGGCUUUAUCUAACCCGACAUUCAACGAUGAGGAUCUUACGAAUAGUAUCGAAGAAGAAAACGAUGAAGGGGAAGAGGAAGAUGAAGAUGAUACUCUAGUAUUAGAUGAGGACGAUUUUACGACACAUGGAUUAGAGAGAUUGAGUUCGGCAGCGACUUGUCUUGUGGCUGGAAUCGAAUAUACUCACGGUCAACAGAUAUACCGUCAAGAUCAAUGUGAGUUUUGUCUAUGUCUAGACGGCGAAAUGUUUUGCUGGUGGCAAGAUUGUCCUCCAACUAUGGAAGGACCUUGUAAAGAUCGAGGUCCGUUUUCUCCGUGUAUGAGUGUACCAGCUAACCCACAACACUCUCCUUCACCAUCGUCUUCUGCGGUAUCAGAAAUAACAACAAGAAGUAAUAUGGUAAGCUCAGCUAAAAGUACUGUAAAAUCUUGGUCUUCCACGAGGUCUUCGACUACUACGUCGUUUAAACCACUAGAAACAUCUACUUAUACGGAAAGGACAUCGAUUGAUAUUUCGAGUCGACCUCCAGAGAGCAGUACUUCGGUAAAUAACAAAUACUGCGUUGUAAUGGGUCAAAAAUAUCAGAUUGGGGAUAAAUUACCUCAUGAUACCGGUAAUUGUUUGGAAUGUAUCUGCGGACAAGGUGCAAAAGUGACUUGUUCGCCACAUCAGUGCGCUCCGGUUGAAGAUGAUUUGAACGACUAUCACAUGUCCGGUGCCAGACAGUCUGUCCCCGACAUUUUUUAAAUCUUAAAUACUAGAUGUUAUUUUCAGUUCAUUUUUUUUUUUGGCAAAAAAACCACCUAAUGAAUCUUUUAUAGGGAAACGAUUAGGAAAAAUUUGAAAAAUCCAUGGCAAUUGUUAUCUUUAAACUCAAUAAUAGCGUCGACGGAAAUGUGGAAAAUUUAACCUCAAACUCACGAAGUGACGAUUUUUGGAUAUCCACACAACCUACAGUUUCUGGAAUGGAAGACGAGAUCAAAAAAUGGAUCGUCGUCGAAAAAUACAGUACCAAAUCGUGCUGCUUUGCCAGCUUCCUCAUGACUCAGACCAAUUACUUCCAAGACUGCUUUAGAUAAUGAAGAUAUCGCUUUGAGGAUGUUGGGGUUGACACUGAGUCUUCUGCGUUAACUAAAAUUGUUGAUAGAAGAAGUUUGAAGCUGUGAGAAAAUUCGUUAAUACCAACUACAUAUCUAAUACAUAUCCAGUGCUGGCAAUCUAACAAAAAAGCGGAUCUAGCAGAUUGGAAUUGUCUUUUUUGGUUUUUGGUCUUGUUUAAAGACGCCUGCUUGCUACGUCAAUAAUUUCAAGCUUUCUAUGGAGUGAUAUAGUGAGAAAUAAUUCCUCGUGGUUAUUAUAAUAACCUAAAUCAACGAUUAUAAUCGAUAUUUAUACAGGAUGUCCCACGACGAGCUAAAACUAUCUGUAUAUGGCAAAAUACUUGUAGUAAAAUCAUGAAAAUUUCUACGUUUGGGUUUUUAGAUACGAUCUUUUUAACUAAAAUAUUUUUAAAGAUGGCCGACUUCCGGUUCUACCGGAAGUCGACUAUAACUUUGUUAUUUUGUAUAGAACACCCUGUAUAUUAAUACAUUUUUGAAAUCUACGUAAAAUUUUAGUAUACUUUUGUCUAAAAACUUUUUUCGAAAAAUGCAUACUUUUUGCGUUAUUAAUUGUUUUGUAAAAAAUUUGACCGUUGCAUACCCUUAUAAAUUAUUUUUUUACGAGAAUACCCUUAAAGAUAUGAAAAUGUUUUCUAUUCUGUUGCUUUUAAAAAGGUUAGACGUAUUUGAAUCUAUGUUGAAAAAUUUUUCAUUCUAUACAGGGUGUGUAUAAAAAGUGUUCAAAGUUUAACUUCAUAAAUAUCAAAUUUUUUUACAUUUUUUAAAUAGAACCACCCGGUUUUUUCUAUUUUAAUGCAUUCAGGGGUGAAAAUAAGGCAAAUUCAUAU